AUGUCUCCCUUAACAGCCCUUCCAGUGUCGCCAUCGCUCGAAGUUAGUGUCCGGGUCAGAAGAGGUGCGCGGCAGCUCAGUGCAUUGCGUUCCAGUGCUUGUUUUGAAUUGCAUGGUGGGAGGUCAAUUUGGGUUUGCUUGACGGAGAACGUCAACUGUCUCUAUUGA